AUGAAACCCGUUGAACAACCAGAUGGUUCGCUUCUUAUCAAUUGCACUACAAGCAUUAUGCAAAUUGUAUUGCGGAUGUUCAAAAAUACACCAAGUUGUCAGAUCGCAAUUAAAUGUAAUCAAUGCUUACAAGAAGAUCUGAAAGAUGUUAUUGCGCCAUUUUUGUAUAUGGCUGACAUAAAAAGCGGUCUGCUAGACUUGACAACACUCUCUAAUUUAUCAAUGAAGAGCAGAUGCCAAACAUUAGCUUGCAAUGGAUAUCGAGAAACCUCUAUUGCAUCAACAGGUGACAUGGUGAUUUUUGAAAUUUUUAAUGCCGAUGAAAAUCAAGUAGUAAAACUAAAUAGUCUUCCAAAAGGUUUUGAAAAUCCUAUCAACGCAGAUGAAAAGUAUAGGCUUGUUGGAGUCGUAGAUCUGACCCAAAGAGCUACGAGAAGAAGAUCUCAUGAAAAUAUAAAUUCCGAAGUCGGAACUAUGGGACAUUUUACUGCAAUCUGUUUGAGAGGAACAGAAUGGUGGGAAUACGAUGACACCCAAGAUCAACCACGUAUGAAAAAAGGAUCAGCAUAUGUAAAUGCACAAAUUUUAGUUUAUGUAAGAGAAUAA